CAGUGACGUCACGAUGUAGCCACGCCCCUCACACUGAAGGUUCCCUCCCAGAAGGCAGCGCGGCAGCUGACGUGUCCCCGAUUAUUGUCACUCAGUACAGCCUGAGCUGCCGGGACCGGAGCUGCUGCGGGGACCGUGUGACCGGGGAGCCGGGACCGGGGCUGCUGCGGGGACCGUGUGACCGGGGAGCCGGGACCGGGGCUGCUGCGGGGACCGUGUGACCGGGGAGCCGGGACCGGGGCUGCUGCGGGGACCGGGACCGUGUGACCGGGGAGCCGGGACCGGAGCUGCUGCGGGGACCGUGUGACCGGGGAGCCGGGACCGGAGCUGCUGCGGGGACCGUGUGACCGGGGAGCCGGGACCGGAGCUGCUGCGGAGCAGGACACAGAGUUGCUGAUUGCAGGAUGCAAACCUCGGACUAGGACGGAGGGGACACUGAUCAGAGUGAACAGCCGUCGUUCAUUUAUACGGACAGACAGCGAGGAGUCCGUCGCGUAACCCGUAUCUCGUUCAGCGAUCUGGGCCAGAGACUGGGAGACUCCAAGAUGAGCGCAGUAGAACAAGACGCUCCAACGCAGGGGAAUGCGGCGGCCUCUCGGGAUGACGGCAUGACCUGGUGGUACCGUUGGCUGUGUCGGUUAGCUGGGAUACUUGGCGGCAUAUGUACACUUUAUGCUAGAGCGGUCAACGCUCUAGUCCUGUUUCUCUGCGAGGCGCCCUUUUGCUGCCAGUUCAUCGAAUUUGCGAACACCGUUGCUGAGAAGACGGACAAGCUGCGGCCCUGGCAGAAGGCGAUAUUCUACUGCGGGAUGGCCAUGUUCCCCAUCUUUCUCAGCUUCACAAUAACCACCCUCUUCGGCAAUGCUAUCGCCUUCGCAACUGGAGUGUUGUACGGACUGUCCGCCUUGGGGAAAAAGGGCGACGCCAUUUCUUACGCAAAGCUCCAGGAACAGAAGAAGCAGCCGGAUGAAGAGCGGCCGGCUGGGGACCAGUAACACAUUCAUUCCGGAUCCUGGUACCUAAUCUACCUUUCGGUUUUAACAAUUUUUUUUAUUCUAAAACUGAUUUUUUUUGACGUGUUUUAAAGACUUUUGAAUCCUG